GGAAAGUGUGUAGAAGUGUCAAGUCUCCAGAUAUUUCUUCUGUGUGUCUACAUAUUAGGUCUCCUGUAGAAAACCUGAGGAGAUAGGCAACAGUCUGGAGCAGAAGGUGUCUGAACUCACCAAUGAUGAGCCCAGAACAAAUUAUCACUUCUUGGUGUGUGAUGAGGGAUUCCUGAUUCAUGCCUGUCAUCAUAAACACUGGCCUCACAGCUGAGCAUGGGGAGUGAGACUGUUGUCUCUGCAGCUGGACAAGAAGAUGCCCGACCUCACCAGGAACCAAGGUUCCUGAGAUUCCCAACCCUUCUUCAUCCCCAGCAGACAGAAGAGCAGCAUGAGGCCUGAGAACCAGAGCAGCGUGUCCCAGUUCCUCCUCCUGGGGCUCCCCAUCCCGCCAGGGCAGCAGGGCGUGUUCUUCACCCUGUUCCUGGGCAUGUACCUGACCACGGUGCUGGGCAACCUGCUCAUCAUCCUGCUCAUCAGGCUGGACUCUCGCCUGCACACGCCCAUGUACUUCUUCCUCAGCCACUUGGCCUUCUCUGACAUCUCUCUCUCCUCGGUUAUUGUCCCAAAGAUGCUCAUCAACAUGCAGACUCAGCAACAAUCCAUCUCCUACAUGGGGUGCAUUUCUCAGUUGUAUUUUUACAUACUUUUUGUUGGUCUUGACAAUUAUCUCUUGGCUGUGAUGGCAUAUGACAGGUACGUGGCCAUCUGUCAGCCCCUACACUACACCACCAUCAUGAGGGAGAGGCUGUGUGUGCUGCUGGUGGUUGGCUCCUGGAUUCUCUCCUGUGUCCAUGAUUUGUUGCACACUCUCCUAUUGGUCCGACUGUCCUUUGGUGCCAAUAACAUCAUCACCCACUUCUUGUGUGACUUGGCUGCUCUCCUGAAGCUGAGCUGCUCAGACAUCUCCCUCAAUGAGCUGGUCAUCUUGACCGAGGGAGGAAUGAUUUUCUUCCUGCCUUUUGGUAUAAUUUUGAGCUCUUAUAUCCGUAUAGGGACCAUCAUCCUGAGGGUGCCCUCCACUAAGAGACUCUUUAAAGCCUUUUCUACCUGUGGCUCCCAUCUCUCUGUGGUGUUGUUAUACUAUGGGACAGCUGCAAGUGUUUACUUUUCCUCCUCAUCAUGGGGUUCCAAAGACAUAAUUGCUUCAGUCAUGUAUACGGUAGUUACCCCCAUGCUGAACCCUUUCAUCUACAGCCUUAGGAAUAGAGAUAUAAAACAGGCCUUACAGAUGUGUGUAAAUAGGGUUAAGUUCUUUAAUUGGUAAACACUAAAUCCUCUUGUUGCAGUC